CCUAAAUCGAGCAUGCCUUGUUUUGAUCAGUGGGAUGUGAGCCUUAGGCAAACUAGUCUAUCUCUGAGCUCGCUGAUUGGACAACAAGACUGUCAAUCAUCCCCCCACAGUCAGCCUCCAACGCUAGCAAGUUUUUGCUGUUUCAUCCAAAAACCGGACACUCCAGACCAUUUUACCCAGCAAAACUCCCUGUGUGUGCCACUCUUAUCCCCCACAAUGGCCUCCUCUUCAUCAGUUGGAGACAAACAGCUGCACAGAAUAAUCAGAGAUCUACAUGCUGAAGACGUCUCUGGGGAAGGGACGGGCUUUCAUCCGUUACUCACUCGUUCACCAGCGUCUUGCCGACACUCUGCAGCAGUGCUUCAUAAAUCAAAAGAUCACCAGUGACUGGUAUUAUGCCCGAAGCCCGUUUCUGAAGCCCCACAUCACCGCUGAGAUUAUCAAUCAUCUUUAUGAGCUCAACCAGAUCCAGUUUGAUGUGGCAGCCAGGGGUUACGAUCUCGAUGCUGAUUGGCCAACAUUUGCAAGGCGAACAUUAGGCGCUGCCUCCUCUUAUCUGUGGAAGCCUCCAAGCCGUUGCUCCAGCAUCAACAGCCUGGUUAGCAGCAUUUCACACCCACAGGAGGGUUUUCCAGUCCCAGACUUGAAUCGGAGUCUGCUUGGCGAUCCCGGAGAUUCAGGAGAACCUUCUGCUUGCAGCAUUUCAGAAAGUCUUCGCGUCGAGCUCGAUCAGUCCGAGCUGAGACAGCGGGAGCUUUUGGUAAGGGUACGGGAGUUGGACAAAGAAAGCGCUGAACUUAAAGUUGUCGUCAAAGACCUUCAGGAGCAGCUGUCAGCUCAGACGUCUGUCCUUUCAGCAUCUAAAGCUGCCCCGCUGAAUUCAGAAACGGGUCACGAGGACAGCGUGAAUCACCAUCAGAACCUUGGAGAAUCAGGCUUUACUGAUUUACACGAGAGACUCACAGCUGCUGAGAAUAAAAACAUGGAGCUUCUUUCGAAGUUAGACGAGGCUCUGAGUGAGAAGGGACAACAGACAGCCAGCUUCUGCGAUUCAGCCUGGAAAAUCCAGGACCUCCUGGAAAAAAUCAAGACUGCAGAGGAGGAGAGGUUGAAGGUGACAAGAGAAGCUGAGGACGGGGCCAGACGCUCGGAGCGUUUGUCUCAGCAGCUGAAGCUCCAAGAAGAAGAGCUGAGGCACAGCGAGGAGAAGCUGGCCAAAGUGAAAGCCAGCGCACACGACGAGCGAGAGGAGGCGCUCGCACGGCUGGAGGAGCUCCAGAGCGUGGUCGGCCGAAUUCAAGGCGCACUGACCUUAAAAGAGAAGGAGACCGGGAACUUGAGGGCCCAGCUGCAGGAUGUGCAGGCCUCUUUGGACCGCAGGGAACGGCAAGCAGAGGACCUGAGGAAGAGACUGCAGGAGGAGGUGGAGCAGAGGUGCGGCAUGAGCUGCGAGGAGCUCGAGAAGCAGAUGUUGGAUUUGAGAAGAACGUUAAAAACCAAAGAAAAAGAACUGGCUUCUAGUUCUGAGAAAAUCAAACACCUGGAGGAGCAACUGGAGAAGCUAAACGUCGAGAGAGAAACUCUGGGCUCUCGAGUCGAUGACGCUGAUACGGUUUUAUGUUGUGAAACUGGGAACACUUGUCUCAUGGAAAUGAACACAAAGCUUCUCCAAAGCCUUAACAAGAGCGAAACAAGCCUCACAGAGCUGACUGAGAGCAGAGCCGUCCUCUUAGAUCAGCUGGCUGCUUUGAAGGCCUCUGAGAAACACCUGAAGGGGAGAAUCGACGUUGUGAAUUUGAACGUAGAGGACAGAGAGAAGAAGCUUUUAGACGAAAACCUGCAUCUUGAGGAGAUGGUUCAGAAGGUGCUCUGUCAGAAGGAGGAAUCGGAUGUUCAGUUAAAAAAGUUACACCAGGAGAAUAUAAUCCUUUUAGAUGCUCAGUCCUCAUUGAAGUCACAAUUAACCGCUACUCAAGAGAAGCUCGGGUUGCUGGCAACCAAAGCUGACACGUUAGAGAAGGACCUCACCGUCUCCCAAAGAGGUCAAGCAGAGUUACUGGAGAAACUCCAGGAAGCUGAGGAAAAACUGGGAGCCCAAAUGGUAAAAAGCAGCCUCCUGCAGGCUCACGCAGACGAGCUGGAGAGCAGAACCGCAGAGCUUCACCGUGAAAAAGGAGCUGCAGAAUGCAACGAAACGAAGCAGAAACACCGCGACGAGCAUCCAAACUCCUCCCCGAUCAGGCUGGUCCUAGCUGAAGCUCAGCUGGAGCUUAACGUAAGGGAGGUGACCAGGCUAAGGGAGGAGGUGGUGGAGCUCAGGGCUCAGCUGCUGGUGGGAAACGAGGAGAAGGUGAAGGUCCAGGCUCUGCAGGAAAUGACCGAGGCCUCCCGAGAGGAUCUGCGCGCUCUGGCGGAUCAGCUGAAGGCCCAGGUCGAAGAGCUAAACCGCCGGCACGUGGACGAGCUGCUCCGAUCACGAGAGCAGGAGGAGGCCCUCAUUUGCGAGCGCGACGGCGAGGCGCGGGCUCGGGCGGGCCUGGCCGCCGAGCUGACGAGCUGCAGGGAGGAGCUCGACGGUUUGAAGGCCAGCUGCGAAGCCUUACGUCUGGAGAACAGCGAGUCACAGGAGGCACUUCACCGAGCCAACACAGAGACUGCAGAACUCGGCGUGCACGUCUGCAUGCUGACUGCCGAGUGUGAGGAGGCUCGCCUGCGCUGGGAGGACCUGUCGGCGAGGCUGCGGGAGCUGGAGGACGAGGAGGAGGUGGCUCAGGAGGCCGAGAGGCUGAACACCUGCUUAGAUCAGCUGCGUCGAGAGAACCAGGAGCUCCGCGGUCAGCUCUGCGACCAUGAAGAUCUGCUGGCUGACAGGCAGAAACUGCAGGCCGAGCUGAGCCAGGCCCAGCAGGAGGUGGAAACGGCAUGGAAGACGAGUCGGGAGGAGAUUCAGGUCCUUCAGCAGGAACACAGCAGCCAAGGCGUGUCCCACAGAAACCAACUACAGACGAUGAAUCAGGAGUUACAGGAAGUGAAGUUACAGCUGGUUACUGAGCAGGAGAAAGCUGACAAAUUAGAAAGCAAACUCAAGCAACUGGAGGCUGAGAAUCAGAGAUAUGACCAACAGAUUGAGGAGAAAAACAUCCAGAUGGCCGAGUCGGCAAAUCUCAUCCUGCAGAAAGAAGAUGAAAUAAUCCGUCUAAAAGAAAACGUAUCAAGGUCUGAGGAGAGUCUGGCAGCAGCUCAACGGGCCUGUCAGGAGAUGGCUGAAAAUUUACGGAGGGUCACGCAGGACAAGCAGAGGUUUGAUCUGAAGAUGGCUGCUGAAGUUGAUGAUCUGUAUCGAACCAAGAUCAACCUGGAGGAAAGACUUGUGGAGCUCAUCAGAGAGAAAGAUGCACUUUGGCAGAAGUCAGAUGCCCUGGAGUUUGAGCAGAAACUUCGGGACGAGGAGACGGAGCGGGACGUCAACUAUUGUUUAGGCUGUCACACUCAGUUCAGCUUUUGGUUCCGCAAAUACAACUGCAGGCUGUGUGGGCGUCCCUUCUGCUACUACUGCUGCAGCAACACAGUGAGCACCGAGCAGGGCGGCAGCAAAGAGCGCUGCUGCCUUGACUGCUACAACCAGCACAGUGCGGUGGUGGAGCGCCACCCACAGGUGGAGGUGACCCACAGCGCUCCAGGGUCACCGUUCAGUCGCUUGCUGCAGACCACCCGAUCUCUGGCUGGUAUCGCAGGGGGAGAAGAAGGAGGAAAGUCAGAUGAUGGUGUUUUCGACAUUAUCACAGAGGAAGAAGUGAGCGUUGUUAACAACAGUGACUCUUUCACCACUGCCUGCGCUCCUGGACAUGACCAGCAGGGGGCGGCACAGCUAAACAGCAGUGCCAGCACAGGAGACAUCACUUCAGAAGAUACUGAGGACCUCAGCACUGCUGUACAGGAUGCAGAGAUCUGCCUACUGAAGUCAGGGGAACUCACGCUCUCUGCUCCUUUCACGGUGGAUGACAUCUCAGCAUUUGGGGACAGCUCCCGGGAGCUUUUCAUCAAGUCCAGCUGUUACAGCAUCCUCCCCAUCACCAUGAGCUCUCCCGGUCCUACCGUCUCCUGGACUUUUACAUCAGAACCAAAGAGCAUCUCCUUCAGCGUGGUCUACAGGGAGAAUGCAGAGACGCCGCUGGAGGAGGCCAAGGUUUUGAUUCCUUUGACUCGCUGUAACUCUCACAAAGAGACGAUACAGGGGGAGCUGAAAGUCCGAAACCCAGGAGAAUACAUCUUCAUCUUUGACAACUCGUUCUCCAGGUUUAUCUCAAAGAAAGUUCUGUAUCACCUGGGUCUAGACAAGCCUGUGGUCUACGAUGGAAGCGACCUGCUCUGAACAGGACAGAAGGAGCAGGAACACUGACUUCUGUGUCAAGAUGUUUACAAUCUUUUGGAGGCAGAAUGUUCUGACUCUGCUGCUGCAGCGCAAACCGAAGCAAAGGUUGUGGCAUUUAACAAACGUCUCUCUCUGUUGAGGUGUUAAACACUAGAUUAGCUCUAAAUGGAGGAGAAUUAAAGUCUGAAAAUGACAAACUAUAAAAGAGUUACUUUGUUGGAUAUCAGAAAGCACUUUAGUUUUACAGAAGAUGGUUUAAAUGAAGCAUUAUUGAAAUCUGUAGAUAAUUUUAGAAGUUAAACUACUUUUUUUUAAGCUUGAACUUAUUGUCUACAAAUUUGCUAACAGAAAACUACAAUUAAAUGUAAUUUUUGUGACAUCAAUUAAUUAGAGAAUAAGAAGUGGAAAGAGAGAAGUGAUUCUGAACUCUUAAGUGAAACUGAAAACCCAUCAAAUCACCAUUAUCAAGUGCAAAAACUAAAUAAGCAAUGUUGUUUAUUUUUUACUAAACUGUAAAAAAAGAAGUUAUUUGUUUUUUUUAAAAGACUCAUUAAGUCCUAACACAUAAAUUCCAAGAGUUGCUUAAAGCGAUGCAAGCAGAAGAAAUCUACAAAUUUUGAUCUAUUUACUUGAACCAAACAUUUACUGACAGUUAAUUUAAGCAUUUAUUUUUAAAUUGUGCCUCAGCACACAAGAGCUGCAAGUUUUUAUUGAUGUUCAAAACAUCUAAGCUGCUAACUGUCUGCUUUUAAUUUAGUGAUUUUUCUAAUUGUUGCUUUUCAGCUGGUAAAAUGCUGAGGUUGGUUUGUUGCAGUGCAGUUGUGAUGAAACACAAGGAAGAAGCUGAUUUUAUUCAGGUUGUUUUUUUUAUGCUUUUUGUGUUGAGAAAUGUAGUGACUGCUUGUUUUUUUUUAGUGCAAAAGCUAUAAGUGGGCUAUGGGAAAAAUAUAAUCUCAUUAGAAUCAGACAUUUUUCAGACAUUGAAUUUAUAACACUAAAUUUUACUUCAAAAUUGUCAGCAAAAAAUUUGACUGCAGAAAUUUGCCUGCAACUGUGUUGACCUUCUGUUGACUCAAGCCAAAGCAGCCAGCACCAGAUCGAGUCAAGCGGCUUUUAGCCAAUCAAAUUAUGCUGAUUUUAUCACAUGACACCAGUGUGCUGGGCAGAGGUGACUCUAUUAACAGCUAACUGGUUGUGGCUGAAGAAAGAUAAGUGAGAAGGUUUUUCUGUUAGGCAGAGAUAAUUAGAAAACACCUGCUAUUAACUGACAGCCAAUCGAGUUUUGUUAUUUCAUCUAAUCAAACUGGGUGAAAUGUGGGACUGACCUGAUGGCAGCUACUGCAUCACUCCCAUCAACUAUGGCAAGCCAUUUUAACACAAACUCAGCUUCGCCACACUUAUUAAUGACCUCUGCCCAACGCACUGGUGUGUAACGGCAUCAAACAAGCAUAUUUUGAUUGGCUAAAAGCCGUUGGACUCGAUCUUGUGAUGAUUGCUUUGGCUUGAGUCACCAGAAAGUCAACACCUGCAGGCACAUUUUUGCAGAUGAAAUUUUCCAGGUGAACUUUUGCAGAUUAAAUUUUUCUGGCAAAUUUGAAAUAAAAAAAGAAUAAUAAUAAUCACAUACAAAAUUGCAAAGGAUAAAUUCAAUGUCUAAAAUGUCUGAUUCUAAUGAGACUAAUUUUCAUCCACAAUAUGCUUCCCUGAGUGAGAAAAGACUUUUUAUGGGACCCGAUUUGAACCAUUUUGAUGAAUUGCCUAACUGUAGCAGAAAUAUGAUUGUUUUUCAGUAUACCCAAAUCAUUCAUAUAAAUAAACAAUGUUUCUAUUGAAAA